GUAACCGCUCGCUUUCUCAUUCCGAUCAUGUCCUCAUAUGAUAAUUUCAUGUCGUCAUCCUUAGGAAAGUUAUAUCUAUUUUUGCCUUUAUUAUAGUAGUUCCUCUCAUUUCCCCCUCCAUAUAUCUAAGUUUCUAUACUCAGAGUUCUCAUCAUGGCUGAGAUGAAACUAGACCUUUUACCAGAAGAUUGUAUUGUUCAAAUCCUCUCAUUCACAUCUCCUCAUGAUGCUGGUCAAUUGUCUUUGGUCUCGACUAUGGUUCGUGAUGCAGCCGUAUCAGACUUGUUAUGGGAGAAUUUUUUGCCAUCUGACUAUCGAGAAAUUAUUUCAAGAUUAGUGUUACCUAUUGCUUUUGCAUCAAAGAAAGAGUUGUUUCUCAAGCUCUUUAAGCCUCUUCUGAUUGAUGGUGGUAGCAAGUCCUUUUCAAUUGAUAGAAGAUCAAGUAAAAAAUGUUAUAUGUUGAGUGCAAGGGAGCUAUCAGUUACUUGGUCCACCAAUCCCCUUUACUGGUGCUGGAAACCCCUCCUGAACUCAAGAUUUCCAGAAGGCGUGGAACUUAUCAUGGUAUGUUGGCUAGAAAUCAAGGGAAAGAUAAACACUCGAAUGUUGUCUCCUCGUACAACAUACGGAGCAUACCUCAUUGUCAACCUCGCUGGUCGUGCUUUCGGCUUAGACUCAUUGCCAUCCGAGGUCUCUGUCAAAGUAGGUGACCACGAAUCUAAAGGAAUCGUAUAUCUACGCCAUAACUAUGCCAACAAUAGGAAACAAGAAUUGGAAAUGAUUCUGAUGAGACACAGGGUCGAGACAUUGAGAUCAAGAGUUGAUAGAGGAGGCCAAGAACGUGCUUUAUGUGAAAGAGAUGAUGGAUGGUUGGAGAUUGAAUUGGGUGAAUUUUAUAGUGAUGGAGUGAAUGAUAAAGAAGUGACAAUGUGCCUUAGAGAAGUUAAAGGUGAGCACCUUAAAGGAGGGCUUAUUGUUGAGGGCAUUGAGCUUAGACCCAAGUAAAAUUAACCAAGGUGUUCCUCUGUUUUUUUGCUCUUUCUUUUCUCUUUUUUGAUUGUGUAGAAAUUAGCUUGUGUAAAUUAUGUUUGCAAAAGAUGCGUUAACGCUAAAGUUUAUGAAUCGGCUAAAUUAGAUAAAUUGUGGCAGCCGAAUUUGCUAAAGACAA